AUGGCAACUGAUGCAGCCUUCCUGCGUGCCUUCAUGUUCUUUGCCGACGCCAAGGUCGCAGGAGACAUCCCCCUCCUGCCUCGCGCCGCGGAGGCAACGAGCCGGUCCCCGGCGCCGCUCCGCACCCUGCAGCGCCGCAGGCUCGUCGCGCUGACCUGCGCCGGACUCUGCGCGCCCGCCGGCCCCGACUCGUCGACGUGCCUCUGGCCCCUGCUGGCCCGGCUCCUGGACAGCCCAGACCGGCUCCCCCGCGUCUGCACAGCCCUGCUCCCCGGCUGCCUUGAAUGGGCAGCCUGCACCGCGCUGCAUGCCGGGACCGACGCCCCAGGCACCGAGUCCCUGGAUGCAGGAGUGCAUGGGGUGCUGAGCCUCGUCUGCGCCCUGGACCCUGCCGAGCCGUGGCUGGGCUUCCCCCGCACGCGCAGCCUCCUUCCUGCACUGGCGGCCUUUGCCGCGCCCGGCUUAGGGGCGGGCCUGGAGGGCGCGGGGGCGGAUGCGGCGAUGGAGGGCGUCGACGCUGCGCUGAGCCUGCUGGGCAACCUGACGGAGGGUGCGGCGGGGCGGGCGGGCGCGCCGCUCGGCGCCGCCGACGCCGGCGCUCUCGCGCACGUGAUCUGCCGCCUGGUGGCGCGCGUCGCGGCGGCCGGCGGGCAGCUGCCCGGGCGGGGGGACACUGGGACGCUGCCAGGCUCGCGCCUGGCGCCGGAGGUGGAGCGGCAGCUUGCGGGUCUGGCGAGCCACGCCUUCCUCCAGGCCCUGGUCGGGCCUCUGCUGUCUCUGGAGGCUCAGUGCGGGGGGAUGCCCGGGGCGCUCGCCCUCUGCCGGCUCCUGGACGCCCUGGCCGGGGCGGUGCCAGGCAUGCGCGAGCGCCUGAUGCUCAAGCUCUCGGUCGGCACGCCCUUCCUCGCCCAGCUCUGGAGCGGCUACCUCCAGCCGGGCAUGCAGGCCCACGGGCUCACAGGCCAGCCGUGGCGAGCGCGAGGACUCGGACCACGGCACCCGGGGGAAGACCCGGGCUGGAUGCUCCCGCUGUCCAUCCUCUCCUCCACCUGCUCCAUCCUCAUCUCCACAGGCGAGGAUGGGGAUCUGUACGACCGCACCUUCCCCCUUCCCCUCCCCGACCUGGUGCAGGCCCUGAAGAGGGCGGUGUGGUGGGUGCUAGGUGGCGGCGAGGCCGCACGCGCCCAGGCCCAGGGCGGUCCCGGCCCGGGGCUGCAGGCGCAGGUCGUGGAGACGGCAGGUAGGCUGCUGGGCCAGCUGUGCGACCGCAACGGGCGCCGCGCCUUUGUCGCGGCAGAAGCCUUCCACGUCCCCGCCAGCUUCCCCGUCGACGACCGGGCGUCGUACUAUGAGGCGGAGGAGAGCUGGCAGCUGCGCACCGGGUCUUACAGCCGGGACUUUGUGCCCGUGCGGCGGGGGCAGGUGCUGAACGACGCCUUCCAGGCCCUGGGGGGCGCUGGCGGCACGCUCAAGGGCCGCGUCCGCAUCCAGUUCAUCUCGGACCUCGGGUUCCCCGAGGCCGGCGUCGACGGCGGGGGCCUGUUCAAGGAGUUCCUGGAGGAGGUCAGCAAGGAGGGUUUCGACCCUGGGCGCGGCCUCUUCGCGGUGACCAGCGACCAGCGGCUGUACCCCGCCCCCGGCGCGGCGGCCCUUGUCCCCGACGCCCCCCGCCUGCUGGCCUUCCUGGGUCAACUGCUGGGCAAGGCGCUCCUGGAGGGCACGCUGGUGGACCUCCCCCUGGCCACCUUCUUCCUGCAGAAGAUGGCGGGGAGGGGGUGUGAGCUGCGCGACCUGGCCUCCCUGGACCCGGAGCUGGCGGCCAACCUGGGCAAGCUGCGUGCCUACGACGCCGCCACGCUGGCGGGGCUGGAGCUGACCUUCACCGUCACCGACGUGCUGGCGGGGGAGGCACGAGAGGUGGAGCUGGUGCAGGGCGGCGCGAGGCGCAGUGUAACGCGGGACAACGUGAUCGAGUACGUGCACCGCAUGGCCGACUUCAAGCUCAAUCGGCAGCUGGCCGGCCCCGUCGGCGCCUUCCUGGGGGGCCUGCACUCCAUCAUCCCCCCGCACUGGCUAGCGCCCUUCAGCGCCGCUGAGCUGCAGGCCCUCAUCUCCGGCGGCGAGCAGGGGCUGGACCUGGCCGACCUUGCCGCCCACGCGCGGUAUGGCGGCGGGUACGCCGCCGACCACCCGAGCAUCUUGCUCCUGUGGCGGGCGCUGACGGCGCUCACCGCCGCCGACCAGGCCCUGUUCCUGCGCUUCAUGGCUGGCGCGGCGACGGGGGAGGCGCUGGGCCGGCUCCCCACCGCCUCCACCUGCAUGAACCUGCUCAAGCUGCCGCCCUACACCAGCCUGGAAGUCAUGCUGGACAAGCUGCGAUACGCCAUCACCGCCGGUGCAGGUUUCGACCUCAGUUGA